AGUCUUUGACAUCGCAUACGUGCGCGUUGAUUACUUUCCUGAAAAAUAAAUGUUUUCGAAAACAUACAUGCAACUAAAAAAAUAGUAAAGAAGGUUAAAUCGUUAUUUUACUAGCUAACAGCAUAAUUUUCAAAGAAGCUGAAAAUGAUAAAUGUGAUUUGUAUAUCGUGAUAGUGCAGUUUUGGAGGUAAAAUGCCUGCUUCCAUUUGCGACCCAGUAACGAGCGCAUUGCGUUUAUCUCUAACUCAAGACGAUUCUCAAAGCUCAUCCUUGUUGGAUAGCCGUCUAUAUUCCUCGACUAAAAGUGUUCUUUUAUCUAAGAUCGACUUUGAAGAAUCUGGCGACUAUCAAAGUAACGUUCUUGAUGGACUCAAGUCUAAGUACGUGGUUAUUCGACCAAAAAAAACUAUUCAUGACCCUAAACCUUUUAAAAAAGAUAGCGCAAGCAACAGCCAAUGCUUAGAGAACAGUAAAUCUGUUGAAGAUGGUUUACCUAAGCCUAAAAGGAUUUUGUUUCCCCUUGAAAAAGUGCAAUUGGGUUGGCAGAGUCCAUGGGCAGCAGGAGCUGGAAUGCAAAAUGUGGGCAAUACCUGUUACCUGAAUUCCACCUUACAGGCACUGUUCCAUGUUCCUGCAUUAGCUAAUUGGUUGAUGUCUGAAUCAACUCAUACUGAAAAAUGUAAUCAACAAGAGGCAUGUGUAAUAUGCGGAAUGCGUGCCAGCCUGAUGGCAACACAAAAGGGUGGCGGUGCUCCCAUAAAGCCAUGGCAAGUUUAUUCCAAACUCCGCCUUAUCUGUAGACAUUUGACUCCUGGAAGGCAAGAAGAUGCACAUGAAUUUCUAAGAUACUUAGUAGAAGCAAUGGAAAAAUGCUAUUUGUUACGGUUCAUAAAUUCUGAUAAAUUGGAUCAAUAUAGUAAAGAGACCACUCCACUGAACCAGAUACUGGGUGGGUAUCUAAGAUCUACAGUACACUGCUUAUCCUGCCAUCAUUUGUCCACUACUUAUCAGCAUUUCCAGGAUUUAUUACUAGAUAUAAGGAAACAUUCAACAUUGGAUGAGGCUUUAGACUCAUUUUUUUCGAGAGAAAGGUUGGAAGACUUGGGUUAUAAAUGUGAAGCAUGUAACAAAAAGGUAUCAGCCACAAAACAGUUUUUUGUGGAGAGAGCUCCAAUGGUUUUGUGUAUUGCAUUGAAAAGAUUUUCACUGGCAGGAGGAAAACUAUCAAAACAUGUGCAGUUCAGGAAGAAAAUAAGUUUGAAUAAAUAUAUUUAUAGCAAACACUCACAUCAACAGCUGUCUUAUAAAUUAGUAAGUUUAGUAACACAUCUUGGUCCAUCACAAAAUUGCGGACACUACACUGCCAUAGGCCAAGCACCCAAUGGGAACUAUUAUCAAUUUGAUGAUAGCUGUGUGAGACCUCUUCCUUUAUCAGCAGUUUUGGGAACCAAUGCCUAUAUAAUGUUUUUUGAAAAAGAUAAUAGUAGCGAAGACAUAUGCACUUCUGUGGCUACGACUUCGGGUGUGAUUUACGGCCCGCAACUUCCAGAGAGUAUUCUCAACAGAGAAAAAAGUCCUUUAAAACUUACAUUCUACAGAAACGAUGAAAGGAAACCUAUACUUAAUAGCACUUCGACAGAAGCUCCGAAACCGAUAAUUUUAAACAGUACAUUGAGUAAUUCCGAAAACUCUUCAAAUGUCAUUAAUUCAGAACCUUGGGUUGUGAAACAAAACGGGGAAAUAGAAAAAGUCAUACAGACACCAAAAACAAUUAACGGCAUUGAUAAAGGUCAGAAAGUUGAUGAUGAAAAACGGAUCAGUUUUGUAAUUAAAAGGCAAAACAAUGAAGAUGUACAGAUAAAACCGAAAGCAUGUAAAAGCGAUUCUAAUAUGAAAUUAGUCGCAAACAAUGUAAAGGUCGCUGAUCAGCCGGUUUCCAUCAGCAAACUCUUAAAACCAUUUAAAUCUCCUCUUGAAAAAUUAGAGGAACAAAUGAACAAAAACGAUGGCGGUGAACUUAUUCAGAAAUACGAUAGCUCCAGUUCAAGGUUGGUUCCUUACGACUCCGAGUCUAGUGGCGAUGAACGCGGUGAUCGGAACGGUGACGAUCCGACCAAGAGGAUCCCUGGGAAAGAAGCAGGACGGAAACCGAAACCGAGCCGAUGCGAGUCUCCACGGCGACUCGUUGUCACCACGAAAAGCUCCUGGACGGUGUCCAGCGAGAAAAGCGGACCCCUCCUCAGUCCCAGUUUGAACGGCGACACUAAUAAAAAGGUGAAGGAAGAGCGCGGUGAGAGCUCGCAGCAGAGUCCGCACACGAGUGUGAGCAGCAUGUCUCCCCUGAGCGACCGCGGCGAGCUGAGCCCGGGCGCCGUGACGCGCGCUCUGCAGACGGCCUCGCACCGCGGGUACGGCGCGCCCGUCGCCGCCUGGUCCGGCGCACACAGCGCGCUCUCCCGCCAGGUGUUUGAAGAAAGACGCGAGGAAAGGAAGCGAGCCGCGGAGUCGAUCGACGAUAUGGAUCGCGGUCGAGUUAAGAAAGUUAAAAAUUUUCAUCACUUCAAUCGGUUCAAUAACAAUAGGAACGGCUACAAUCCCUUCCAGGAAAAACAAAACAAAUUGCAUUGGGGAGGAGGCAACUUUAAAUAUCGGAAUGAAAGACGUUCGCACCAUUUCAACAAGCAUCACAACAAUAAGUACAAGCGAUUUAAUAGGUACAGCAACGGACAUCAUUACCCGAGGCACCAUUGACCCAAGUUAUGAGUGUUGUCUUGUCACAUUUGUGUAUAUAGGUGACACAUGGACGUUUAGUUUAGUGAAAUAUUAUGAAUGCCUUUAAAUUUAUAAUUAAUGUAAUUAUGCUUCUUGUCAGAUUUUCAUAUUCCCGUUCUCGCUGAUCACAAUGUGCCGUGAAUGCAGAAUAUCUAAUGUAAACAAAUUAAUAACUCUAUUAUGUAUUAGUCUAAUGGGAAUAAGGGAAUUCUUUCGGAAAUCGAAGGCGGGCACAUUGGAUAUAAAGAACGAAAUUGAAAAAACAAUAUUUCUUAGUUUAGCGUAAUUAUAGUCUAUAAUAGAUGUUACAAUGCACGCUCACAGCUGAUGCACGGGGCACGAGGUUAACUUCUCGUGGGUCCCGGGCGCAGCGGUGCGAGACGGUACGCGGCACUUCAAAGAGAACUUUUCCGCUUAUGUUUUGGGAACCUUAUAUCCUGUAUAUAUACUAUUAAAUUAAUAUAUGUACCUACGAGUAUAUAAACAACGUUGAAAAUGAGCAUGAAGAAAUAUGAAAAGUUGGAUGUUACUUAAUUAACGCGAACGAAUUACACGUAAUGAAUUGGGUACGCUUUGCGAUGUAUCAGUUCAGCUAUUACGGUCGAAAUAUAUUUAUUUUACUAUUUAAAAGAAAAAAGAAAUAAAAAACAUUUAAACCAAUAAUUACUGCCAGUUAAGCCUUUAAUAGCAGUUAAAAAAACAUAAAACCUCUUUAAUUAAGAUUAUCAUGUAAUUGUAAUUUAUAAGUAGACUAGAUAAUAUUAAAAAAUAACAAAAACGAGUUGUUCGUGGCAUGUUCUGCUUAAAAUGCGAAACCUUUGUACAUUUAACAAAACUUCUUUAUCUAUUUUAUGGCAUACGUUCAUUAUUUGGUUUUUGUUUGGUGUCAAAAACGUUAUUCGAAGUUGUAUUAUGCAAUAAUAAGAUUUCAGUGUCAUUCACAUGUACGUAGCUAUAUAUUAUAUAUAACUUCAAAGAAUUAACUUUGCUUCAGAAUCUACAACCCCCAUACAUCAUUUCAUAGAAUGAAAGCAUUCUGAUAACUUUCCACAAAAAAUAAAGAGUAAUCAUCAAUCCAUUUAUGUCUUAUUAAAAUGACCAUAGUUUUUCCUUCUAUUAUUCUCGGUUCAUAUUAGGUCCAUAGCCGUAUAGGCGUAUUUAAAAUACUUAAUAUAGAUAAAUAUUAUUUCAAUAAUGCUCAUUUAACUGCUCGGUCAAUGAUCAAACACCACAUCGCACCUGACGAGGAUAGAACGGACAGAAAGGCACAGGCAAAGUUCUCUAUGGGGCUGUUUAAUCACAAUUUGAAAUGAUUUUCAAAAUCGCCCAACGAAUUAUUGAAUAUCGCACGGUAGUGCGCCUGACAUGCUAUUGAUUAUGACGAUUUUAUUCAAUUAAUCAAAAUCGACAUUUAUAAGUUAACUGUUUUAAAAUAUCAGCGCAUACCGUUAUCGCUGAUAAUUUGGAGAAUAUUAAAGCUGAGCUUAGAAGGGUUUUUCCUUUUCUUUAAAAUAGCUUUUUGUUCAUUUUGCGAGUAGAAAACACUAACAUUUCGAUAUAGACGGGCGCCCAUUGAUGAACUUAUUUUAGAGAAUAUCAUGUGAUUCUGUAAUCAAGGAGAUAAUGUUUGAAAUUUUAGAAGAAGCAAAUUUGUUAUGACAUUUGCUCUUAAAACCUCUAAUCACUACAGUUUGGUAUUUGGGCAUCCAGGAUAAAUAAUUUUUUUUUAACAGCUUAUUUAACGAUUUUUGGUGGAAUAAAAACGACGUGUUUCGCAAAUACAUUUUUUUAAGAAGAAACUUUCACAGUGUGAAGUUUAAUGCGUUUUCUUUUUUCAAUUGAUUUGUUAUUGUAACUUGCUCAAGAAUAGAGCACAUAAUAGUUCGGCAAAAGUUUAUAGAAAUAACUUUGGAAGUGGUAUUUUAUUUAUGUACCGACAUACAAGUAUUUUUAAAGGUUGUUAAAAUAUUCAUAUAAUGUGAUAUAGUUUUCAAGUAAUAAUUUAGUAAUAGAGAAUAUUUACAAGCCAACAUUGCAUAGAGUUAAGCUAUAGUUAUGUUAAACAGUACAGAAACAUUAUAAAGUAUAAUAAUUAUAAUAAAUGUUUUGUUCGUAACGAAAUGCGUAAGGUGAUGAAUGAGAUGUGUUAUGGUUUUGUCUAAUGAAAUAAAACCAGUUUGAGACAAGCAAAGUUUCAAAACAUCAAACAAUUAAGGAAAAAAAAAUGAUUUAAGCAUUUUCUGUUAUGCCUCGUCCUGUUUGACUUUCUUGUUUUUAGUUUUAUAGACACUUUAAUUUUUAAUGAAUCAAUAACUAAUAGCUAUAAUUUUUUUCUGCUGAUGUACAAAAAUAUCUCGGUUACUUCACGUCCACUUUUUGAAAUGUAAAAUAUAUGACAUUUUAAAGCAAUACAUGGAAUUUAUGUAAAAUAGUUAAUUUCUAAUUGGCAAUUAGAAUGUUGCCUUCAUGAAAUAUUCUUAAGUAAACAAAAGAUAAAAGUUUACUACAUCGAGUCUUGUUUUAUUUGGACAAUAAAAAUCCUCAAUAUUGACAGUGGUUACCACUCUGAUGUCAAAUAUUCUGAAUUCUUAGUUCGUCUAUAAACGAUUGAAUUUUGGCCAAUAGCAGAGUUCAUACUAGACGUGCCUGUGCCGAGAAUAGCGCGUGUACAGAGUGGCCGAACAAGCAAGAGGGGUCGUCGUACCCCCUUACGGGAGCACGGAAUCCUUUGCUCUGAUUCAACGUGAAAGAAGGACAAACAAACAUA